GAGGGGGGAGGGCUAUUUUGACAACACAAUAAAAAACACACAAAAUUCGCAACCAAAAUCGUGUCGCAAGGUGCAAUUCGCAAUUUAAUUGUGCAAAAUUUGCCGUAAGUAGCCAGUGCGUAUGGCGACCAAGUGCAGUCGUUGGUGUUAAAUACUCUCUUAGUGAAAACGAUCUCGCUCGAUACGUUGUUUUCCAAAAGCCUUUCACAUACCUGAACACACACACACACGUCUCGCGGAUUGUUAGCACGAGCAGCAACAGCAGCCACAAAACAAUCGAUACCAGCAUUGCCUGUGUGUGGUGGCGUGUUCGUUUGGUGUGUCACAGUGUGUAACGCGCCUGCUUGCCUGCCCCGCACUCGGAACUAGGAACUAAUCACGGGCCAGCACCACCACCAGUGGAGUCUAUGCUAUGUUGCAUAGCGUUGGCAGAAUCCCGCUAGCGAACUAUCUGCGUUGCUGCACGUCGUCGUCCACCGGACAUCUGCGCAAAGUACCCCGUGCCGGCGGCAGUCUCGGGAGCAGCCCGCUCGGUCUGCACACACCGUCGGUUGACUGCUGCUCGUUUUCCGCCAGCUCCCCGCUACUGCUCCACCACCCGCUUCCUUCUCCACCGGCCUCACCACAGCAUCAACCUUCCCCCCAUCAUCCGCUAGCAUCAUCAACGCAAGUACGCUCCUGCUCGAACCAUUCGAAAGCACCACCCCAGUCGGGCCAGGCAACAAUGGCGGCCAACUCGAGCGGUACGGAACCAAAGUUUACCAACCGAUUGAAGCAGGAGAAAUCGCCCUACCUGCUACAGCACGCUCACAAUCCGGUAGAAUGGUACCCGUGGGGCGAGGAGGCGAUCCAGCGGGCACGAGCGGAAAACAAGCUCAUCUUCCUGUCGGUCGGCUACAGCACCUGCCACUGGUGCCACGUGAUGGAGAAGGAGUCGUUCGAGAACGAGGAGGUGGCCAAAAUCAUGAACGAACACUUCAUCAACAUCAAGGUGGACCGGGAAGAGCGGCCGGACAUUGACAAGCUGUACAUGAUGUUCAUUCUGCUGAUUAAUGGUUCGGGCGGGUGGCCCAUGUCGGUGUGGCUAACGCCGGAUCUGGCCCCCGUGACGGGAGGGACGUACUUUCCGCCGAACGAUCGGUGGGGCAUGCCCGGCUUCACGACCGUACUGACGAAGCUGGCCAGCAAGUGGUCCACGGAUAAGGACGAUCUCGUGACGACGGGCCGGUCGGUGAUUGAGGCGAUCCGGCGCAACGUCGAUCACAAGCGGGCGGAUGAGGUGGAAGAUGCGACCAACAUGGAAACGCUGGAAGCGAAGUUCAGGCAGGCGGUCAACAUGUACCAGCGCAAUUACGAUAUGGUUUGGGGUGGUUCACUCGGUGCGCCAAAGUUCCCGGAAGCGUCCAAGCUGAACCUAAUGUUCCACCUGCACGUGCAGGAACCGAAGCACAAGGUGCUGGGAGUGGUGCUGAACACGCUGGACAAGAUGGCCGCUGGUGGCAUACACGACCACGUGUUCGGUGGCUUCGCGCGCUACUCCGUGGACAAGAAGUGGCACGUGCCACACUUCGAGAAGAUGCUGUACGAUCAGGGCCAGCUGCUGUCCCUGUACGCCAACGGGUACCGGUUGACCAAGAAGCCCUCCUAUCUGGCGGUGGCGGACGCCAUCUAUCGAUACCUUUGCAAGGACCUGCGCCAUCCGGCUGGCGGUUUUUACAGCGGAGAGGAUGCCGAUUCGCUACCGACGGCGGAGAGUGAGGAAAAGAUCGAGGGUGCCUUUUACGCGUGGACGUACGAUGAAGUGAAGGAGCUAUUGGGCGCGAAUGGGGAGAAGUUUGGCGAACUGGGCGGCGUUGAUCCGGUGGCCGUGUAUGCUGCGCACUACGACGUGAAGGAGGAGGGCAACGUGAAACCGAGCAGCGAUCCGCACGGACAUCUGCUCGGGAAGAACAUCCUGAUCGUGUACGGUUCGGUGCGGGAGACGGCGGAGAAGUUCAACACGACGGUGGAAAUCGUCGAGCGUAUCCUGAAGACGGGCAAUGAGCUGCUGCACGAGGUGCGCGAUAAGCGACCGAGGCCACAUCUGGACACGAAGAUACUGUGCGCCUGGAACGGGCUCGUGCUUUCCGGGCUGUCGCAGCUGGCUUGCGUGAAGGAUGCACCGGGAAGGAGCGAGUAUCUGGCGACGGCGGAAGCGCUGGUGAAGUUCAUUCGAGCGAAUCUGUACGAUGUGCAGGCGAGAAAGCUGUUGCGAUCGUGCUACGGUGGGGCAGAAGAGUCGUUGGCUUCUGAGCGUCCCAUUUACGGAUUCAUCGACGAUUAUGCCUUCCUGAUCAAGGGACUGAUCGAUUACUACGUGGCAUCGUUGGACGAGCACGCUCUGCACUGGGCGAAGGAGCUACAGGACAUCCAGGAUGAGCUGUUCUGGGACACGAAGCACGGGGCUUACUUCUACUCGGAGGCCAACUCUCCAAACGUGGCCGUUCGAUUGAAGGAAGAUCACGAUGGUGCCGAACCGUGCGGUAACAGUGUUGCCGCCCACAACCUACUCCUCCUGAGCGACUAUUUCGAGGAGGAGCGGCUGAAAGAGAAAGCACGCACGCUGUUUGACUAUUUCGCACACACGGCCCACUUCGGGUACGUGCUGCCGGAGAUGAUGUCAGCCGCACUGCUCGAAGAGCAGGGCCGCAACACGCUGAUUGUCGUCGGUCCGGAAAGCCCCGAAGCAACCGCCCUGGUCGAUGGGGUGCGCGAGUUCUACAUCCCCGGCAUGAUCAUCGUGCAGCUGAAGAUCGAUCAGCCGGCGCACAUCGUGCGGCGGCGCAAAUCGCUCGACAACUUCAAGAUGGUGAAGAACAUGCCGACGGCCUACAUUUGCCACAACAAGGUGUGCCAUCUGCCGGUGACGGAACCGGAGCGGCUAACGGAAGAGUUCCAGCCGCGGUACACCUUCCACUACCAGGAGUACGAGAACUGAUUUUUCGAGGCCUAAGGUUUUCCAAAAAAAAAAAAAGGACGUGAGUGCCGACCGUGCCGACCCAUUGUAUGGGGGGGGGGAUGGCAUGGGCGGAGCGGACUUUAGCUGGAAGACUGGUGGCCGCCGCAAGGGAUUCGAAAUCAAGAGACACACAGGCACACACAGCCAUGAUAUGAUGGAACGCGAAAAUGAGGACAAUUGGUUUUAUAAACGGAAAAAAAUACGUGAUGAAAGCGGA